AACUUUCUUUGCUGCCAUUCGAAGUCUUUCAUUUGUACAGCUGAGGCCAUCAUACAGCGUCACUUUUCAGACCUUACCGAAGCACUGAUUGCGACUCACAUUCAGGGCAGACAGCAACGCUGGCGCUCAAUUUUGGCGGUCGAGCUACAGGGCCUGCUGCGCUUUGGCAACGCCUAGUGACGCAUCCCAGUUCAGUGGCAUUGUCUGCAACAGCCUGCCUUCACAGGAUGGCGGCUCCUGGUGCUGGUGCGGGUGCGGGCAAAAAACAAACAAAUUCCUUCUCGACCAAACCCUUGUAUGCAUUUGACCUCCCGCUACGGGUCCUUCAACAUCUGGAGGUCUGCGAGAGUCUUUCUCCACUUGUGUCGACAUAUUCAUAUGCAGCAGCGGGUCGACAGUCGAGCAAGAUAUCGAGAGAGAGCUCGGACGGUGCAGACGGCACCUCUUGUCAUGUAUGCCCUCAUUCAGGGAGGUUCCCUUCGGUUGAAGAGCAGCGGGCGCACUUUCGUGGGGAUUGGCACCGAUUCAACGUUCAGCUGAGCCUGUCUGGCAAUGCAGAUAAAGUGAUGUCCGAGGCCGCCUUUGAGCGCGCUACUGAAGACCUUGAUACCGCAUCAGAAGAUGAUGCGUCUGGGGGAGAGGCAGACGAACUUCAACACGCCGAACACCUCGACACCGUCGCCCGGCUUCUCGCCACUCUUUCGACGAAUGGCAAUGGAUCUGCUUCCGAUACGGAGAACGAUACCUAUGAUCGCGACCCGAGGCGUACGCUUGACUCGUCCGACUCUACCCGCAUUUGGUUCGAGUCAGGGCCCUCUGCGCCGCAGGAUGCCGCUUUACCGAGCAUGCAGCUAGGCGUCCAUCGUGCGCUCUUCCCAGAUCUUUUAGAGGAGGAAGCUCCUCAGGGGUACCUGCAACAAAGCUUGCGCGAUAUGCACGCUGGCAGACUUUCACGUCGGCCUGGGCAAGGAACAGGAUGGGUAGGCAAACGUCUGAAGAGCGGCAAUGCCGCAGAUGUUGGGCGUAGCAUGCAGAUGAAUAUUCUCGAUGGAGAAGGCUAUGUCCCGCACUUACAGCUCAAAAGCAAAGAAGAGGCUGUGGACGAAGAUGUCGAUAGUGGUCUCUCCACCGCCGCAAGCGACAGUGAAGACGGAGAUCCAAGGUCUCUAGCGUUGCCUUCAAACCCAGGAGCGGAUCCACCUCUGCGCAUGUGGACGGUCCUGAUGAUGGGGGGCGGACAUUUUGCUGCAGCUGUUAUCGCGCUCAACCCACACGUUGUCAUAACGCACUCCAAGAAGAAAGGCACUGUUGAAGAACACAGUCUCAUCGUUCUCGCGCAUCGCACUUUCCAUCGCUACACUACCCGUCGCAAACAAGGAGGAAGUCAGUCGGCUCAAGAUGCAAGUGGAAAAUUUGCAAAAAGCGCGGGUGCCCAGCUGCGUAGGUACGGCGAGGAGAGUCUGAAGGAAGAGAUUAAGCAGAUGCUUGAUCUUCCCGGAUGGCGUUCGCUGAUCGAGCGCAGCGAGCGUGUCUGGGUCCGAGCUGGGAAGCGCUCUGCGAAAGGAACCUUGUGGCAGUGGGAGGGCCGGGGUAAGGCAAGCCCACUUGAUGCAGCGCGGACCGACGGCCGAUUGCUCAGCCUGCCGAUUCAGACAAGACGACCCAAUUUGGCGGAAGUUCUGCGAUGUUUCUUUGAGCUCUCACGGGUACGCGUGUCACACUUUUCACCCGAAGGACUCGAGCUGAAGGUUGCAGAAAGGCAAGCCGCCGAUGUAGAGCAAAAACAACGGUCCGCUCGCAAGCGGGCGGCGCAAGAAGCGAGGCGUUCAAAGGCCACACAAAGGUUGGAAGUGAAGUCUGCCGCGCGGAGAGAGCGAGAAGCUUUGACUGAGCAAGAAAGAUCGCAGCGACUGCGUUUCGAGCGCUUGGCCGAGAUGGUAGUCAAGGGCCGCGUGGAGUCUCUCGCCAACUUUAUCGAAAAAUACGGAUUCUCCGUGCUCGAUUCAUCGGAGGGACAAGCGAUGAGUGUUGAUAGCCUGUUGCCUCGCUGGUGGCGGAUGCAGCAAGCAGAGGGCUCGAAACGAAGCAGCACGCCUUUGAUUCCCAGCACGCUACUCCAAUUGGCUGCCGAGGGUGGUGAUCCGGAUAUGGUGCGGUUCCUUCUUGUUGAGAAACACGCCGACCCAACCCGACCGGUGCUACCUCCACCUUUCCCAAGCAACAAUGACGACGAUAUUGAGCCGUCAGCUCCUCACCGGGCUGCGUACGAUCUUUGCAGUACGAAAGCAGCGCGCGAAAUAUUCCGGCGUCUGAUGGCUGAGCAGCCGGGAUGGUGGAACUGGGCCGGCACCACUGCUGGUGGAGCCAGGGUGCCAUCCGCGCUGACGGAGGAGAUGGCCGAUGCCAAGGCGGCCAAAGUGAAAGACCGACGCGCUGCCCUCCGCGAGAAGGCGAGGGAAAGAGCGGCAAGGGAAGGCACUGAAGUGCCGUUUUCGGAUACCACAACUAUUGAGCCGCAGGGGCAGCCAACUGUUGCAGCAGGUGCUGCGUGUAGCUCGCUUCGAGCCAACGUGCUAGGCGGUAAAAACCAAGCCUCGCGGAUACUGAAGGGCAUGCUGGACGAGUCGAGCAUGACGCCUGAAAUACGCACUCGGAUCGAGCGGGAAAAGCGGGCGCGUGCUGCCGAAGAGCGCAUAAAGCAGCAGCAGCAGGCUCCUUGAACGUAAUUGCGACAUGUAUGUGCUUUGGUUCAAGUGAACAUCGACCAUGUACCUUCUUAGGGUUAGGGCUAGGGUCUUUGUUCAUCAGUGCGCACAUCGUGUCUAUUUAUACGUGUCUGUGCGGCUCUCGGUCAGGAUGUCAUGAAGGCGAAGGUGUCAACUCGAGUGUGCGGAAGGG